AUGGGGCAGCGCUUCGUCAGCUGCAAGUGCUGCAGCUUCAGGUCCAGCCGCUGGUGCAGCUUCAGGUCCAGGUGGAAAUGGCAUAGUACAGGAGGUGGAGAUCAAAUUUACGGAAACGGCUACGGCAGCAAUGGAUUGGGAGGACUAGGUAGCGGUGCCAAUGGAGCAGCAGCAUCAGCAGCCGCUGGUGCAGCUUCAGGUCCAGGUGGAAACGGCUAUGGCAGCAAUGGAUUGGGAGGACUAGGUAGCGGAGCCAAUGGAGCAGCCGCUUCAUCAGCAGCCGCUGCAGUGCAGCUUCAGGUCCAGGUGGACAAACGGCUACGGCAGCAAUGGAUUGGGAGGACUAGCAAUGGAUUGGGAGGACUAGGUAGCGGAGCCAAUGGAGCAGCCGCUUCAUCAGCAGCCGCAGGUGCAGCUUCAGGUCCAGGUGGAAACGGCUACGGCAGCAAUGGAUUGGGAGGACUAGGUAGCGGAGCCAAUGGAGCAGCAGCAUCAGCAGCCGCUGGUGCAGCUUCAGGUCCAGGUGGAAACGGCUAUGGCAGCAAUGGAUUGGGAGGACUAGGUAGCGGAGCCAAUGGAGCAGCCGCUUCAUCAGCAGCCGCUGGUGCAGCUUCAGGUCCAGGUGGAAACGGCUAUGGCAGCAAUGGAUUGGGAGGACUAGGUCCAGGUGGAAACGGCUAUGGCAGCAAUGGAUUGGGCGGACUAGGUAGCGGAGCCAAUGGAGCAGCCGCUUCAUCAGCAGCCGCUGGUGCAGCUUCAGGUCCAGGUGGAAACGGCUACGGCAGCAAUGGAUUGGGAGGACUAGGUAGCGGUGCCAAUGGGGCAGCCGCUUCAUCAGCAGCCGCUGGUGCAGCUUCAGGUCCAGGUGGAAAUGGCAUAGUACGAGAGAUCACAAUUUACGGACAAGCAUCAGCAGCCGCAGCCGGAGCUUCAGGAGCAAGCGGAAACGGCUACGGCAGCAAUGGAUUGGGAGGACUAGGUAACGGUGCCAAUGGGGCAGCCGCUUCGUCAGCAGCCGCUGGUGCAGCUUCAGGUCCAGGUGGAAACGGCUACGGCAGCAAUGGAUUGGGAGGACUAGGUAGCGGAGCCAAUGGAGCAGCCGCUUCAUCAGCAGCCGCAGGUGCAGCUUCAGGUCCAGGUGGAAACGGCAUAGUACGAGAGAUCACAAUUUACGGGCAAGGUGGAAGCGGCUACGGCAGCAAUGGAUUGGGAGGACUAGGUAGCGGUGCCAAUGGAGCAGCAGCAUCAGCAGCCGCUGGUGCAGCUUCAGGUCCAGGUGGAAACGGCUAUGGCAGCAAUGGAUUGGGAGGACUAGGUAGCGGAGCCAAUGGAGCAGCAGCUUCAUCAGCAGCCGCUGGUGCAGCUUCAGGUCCAGGUGGAAACGGCUAUGGCAGCAAUGGAUUGGGAGGACUAGGUGGAAGCGGCUACGGCAGCAAUGGAUUAGGAGGACAAGGUAGCGGUGCAAAUGCAGCAGCAUCAGCAGCCGCAGCCGGAGCUUCAGGAGCAAGCGGAAACGGCUACGGCAGCAAUGGAUUGGGAGGACUAGGUAACGGUGCCAAUGGGGCAGCCGCUUCGUCAGCAGCCGCUGGUGCAGCUUCAGGUCCAGGUGGAAACGGCUAUGGCAGCAAUGGAUUGGGAGGACUAGGUAGCGGAGCCAAUGGAGCAGCAGCAUCAGCAGCCGCUAGCGGUACUGCAGGACCGGCCUUCAAUUUAAAUAUAUACGACUCCGGAUCAUUAGCGUCAUCUGUAUCUACAGCCUAUUCCAAUGGCAUCUCUGGCUUUGGACCUGGCUCAUACGGGCCUCUGGCACCUUACGGAUCCAGCGCUAGUGCUGCAAGUGCUGCAGCUUCAGGUCCAGGUGGAAACGGCUACGGCAGCAAUGGAUUGGGAGGACUAGGUAGCGGUGCCAAUGGAGCAGCCGCUUCAUCAGCAGCCGCUGGUGCAGCUUCAGCCGCUGGUGCAGCUUCAGGUCCAGGUGGAAACGGCUACGGCAGCAAUGGAUUGGGAGGACUAGGUAGCGGUGCCAAUGGGGCAGCCGCUUCAUCAGCAGCCGCUGGUGCAGCUUCAGGUCCAGGUGGAAAUGGCAUAGUACGAGAGAUCACAAUUUACGGACAAGGUGGAAGCGGCUACGGCAGCAAUGGAUUGGGAGGACUAGGUAGCGGUGCCAAUGGAGCAGCAGCAUCAGCAGCCGCAGCCGGAGCUUCAGGAGCAAGCGGAAACGGCUACGGCAGCAAUGGAUUGGGAGGACUAGGUAACGGUGCCAAUGGGGCAGCCGCUUCGUCAGCAGCCGCUGGUGCAGCUUCAGGUCCAGGUGGAAACGGCUACGGCAGCAAUGGAUUGGGAGGACUAGCCGCUUCAUCAGCAGCUGCUGCGUCUGCGUCAGGUUCAGGUGGAAAUGGCUACGGCACCAAUGGAUUGGGAGGACUAGGUAACGGUGCCAAUGGAGCAGCCACAUCAGCAGCCGCAGCUGGAGCUUCAGGUGCAAGCGUAAAUGGCUACAACACCAAUGGAUUGGGAGGACUAGGUAGCGGAGCCAAUGCAGCAGCAUCAGCAGCCGCAGCCGGAGCUUCAGGUCCAGGUGGAAACGGCUACGGCAGCAAUGGAUUGGGAGGACUAGGUAGCGGUGCCAAUGGGGCAGCCGCUUCAUCAGCAGCCGCUGGUGCAGCUUCAGGUCCAGGUGGAAAUGGCAUAGUACGAGAGAUCACAAUUUACGGACAAGGUGGAAGCGGCUACGGCAGCAAUGGAUUAGGAGGACAAGGUAGCGGUGCAAAUGCAGCAGCAUCAGCAGCCGCAGCCGGAGCUUCAGGUGCAAGCGGAAACGGUUAUGGCAGCAAUGGAUUGGGAGGACUAGGUAACGGUGCCAAUGGGGCAGCCGCAUCAGCAGCCGCUGGUGCAGGUUCAGGACCAGGUGGAAAUGGCAUAGUACGAGCUUCAGGUCCAGGUGGAAACGGCUACGGCAGCAAUGGAUUGGGAGGACUAGGUAGCGGUGCCAAUGGAGCAGCAGCAUCAGCAGCCGCUGGUGCAGCUUCAGGUCCAGGUGGAAACGGCUAUGGCAGCAAUGGAUUGGGAGGACUAGGUAGCGGAGCCAAUGGGGCAGCCGCAUCAGCAGCCGCUGGCUCAGCUUCAGGACCAGGUGGAAAUGGCAUAGUACGAGAGAUCACAAUUUACGGGCCAGGUGGAAACGGCUACGGCAGCAAUGGAUUGGGAGGACUAGGUAGCGGUGCCAAUGGAGCAGCAGCAUCAUCAGCAGCCGCUGGUGCAGCUUCAGGACCAGGCGGAAACGGCUAUGGCAGCAAUGGAUUGGGAGGACUAGGUAACGGAGCCAAUGGAGCAGCCGCUUCAUCAGCAGCCGCUGGUGCAGCUUCAGGAGCAAGCGGAAACGGCUACGGCAGCAAUGGAUUGGGAGGACUAGGUAACGGUGCCAAUGGGGCAGCCGCUUCGUCAGGAGCCGCUGGUGCAGCUUCAGGUCCAGGUGGAAACGGCUACGGCAGCAAUGGAUUGGGAGGACUAGGUAGCGGAACCAAUGGAGCGGCAGCAUCAGCAGCCGCUAGCGGUACUGCAGGACCGGCCUUCAAUUUAAAUAUAUACGACUCCGGAUCAUUAGCGUCAUCUGUAUCUACAGCCUAUUCCAAUGGCAUCUCUGGCUUUGGACCAGGUGGCUCAUACGGGCCUCUGGCACCUUACGGAUCCAGCGCUAGUGCUGCAAGUGCUGCAGCUUCAGGUCCAGGUGGAAAUGGCUACGGCAGCAAUGGAUUGGGAGGACUAGGUAGCGGAGCCAAUGGAGCAGCAGCAUCAUCAGCAGCCGCUGGUGCAGCUUCAGGUCCAGGUGGAAACGGCUAUGGCAGCAAUGGAUUGGGAGGACUAGGUAACGGUGCCAAUGGGGCAGCCGCAUCAGCAGCCGCUGGCGCAGCUGGGUGCAGCUUCAGGGACCACGGCAGUGGAUUAGGACAGCAUAGUGCGAAGAGAGCAUCACAAUUUACGGGCCAGGUGGGAAACGGCUACGGCAGCAAUGGAUUGGGAGGACUAGGUAGCGGUGCCAAUGGAGCAGCAGCAUCAUCAGCAGCCAGUGGCGCAGCUUCAGGAGCAAGCGGAAACGGCUACGGCAGCAAUGGAUUGGGAGGACUAGCAGCAUCAUCAGCAGCCAGUGGCGCAGCUUCAGGAGCAAGCGGAAACGGCUAUGGCAGCAAUGGAUUGGGAGGACUAGGUAGCGGAGCCAAUGGAGCAGCAGCAUCAUCAGCAGCCAGUGGCGCAGCUUCAGGAGCAAGCGGAAACGGCUAUGGCAGCAAUGGAUUGGGAGGACUAGCCGCUUCGUCAGCAGCCGCUGGUGCAGCUUCAGGUCCAGGUGGAAACGGCUACGGCAGCAAUGGAUUGGGAGGACUAGCCUAUUCCAAUGGCAUCUCUGGCUUUGGACCUGGCUCAUACGGGCCUCUGGCACCUUACGGAUCCAGCGCUAGUGCUGCAAGUGCUGCAGCUUCAGGUCCAGGUGGAAAUGGCUAUGGCAGCAAUGGAUUGGGAGGACUAGGUAGCGGAGCCAAUGGAGCAGCAGCAUCAGCAGCCGCUGGUGCAGCUUCAGGUCCAGGUGGAAACGGCUAUGGCAGCAAUGGAUUGGGAGGACUAGGUAACGGUGCCAAUGGGGCAGCCGCAUCAGCAGCCGCUGGUGCAGCUUCAGGACCAGGUGGAAAUGGCAUAGUACGAGAGAUCACAAUAUACGGGCCAGGUGGUAACGGCUACGGCAGCAAUGGAUUGGGAGGACUAGGUAGCGGUGCAAAUGGAGGAGCAGCAGCAUCAUCAGCAGCCAGUGGCGCAGCUUCAGGAGCAAGCGGAAACGGCUAUGGCAGCAAUGGAUUGGGAGGACUAGGUAGCGGAGCCAAUGGAGCAGCCGCUUCAUCAGCAGCCGCUGGUGCAGCUUCAGGAGCAAGCGGAAACGGCUACGGCAGCAAUGGAUUGGGAGGACUAGGUAGCGGUGCCAAUGGGGCAGCCGCUUCGUCAGCAGCCGCUGGUGCAGCUUCAGGUCCAGGUGGAAACGGCAUAGUACGAGAGAUCACAAUUUACGGGCAAGGUGGAAGCGGCUACGGCAGCAAUGGAGUAGGAGGACUAGGUAACGGUGCAAAUGGAGCAGCAGCAUCAGCAGCCGCUGGUGCAGCUUCAGGUCCAGGUGGAAACGGCUAUGGCAGCAAUGGAUUGGGAGGACUAGGUAGCGGAGCCAAUGGAGCAGCAGCAUCAUCAGCAGCCGCUGGUGCAGCUUCAGGACCAGGUGGAAAUGGCAUAGUACGAGAGAUCACAAUAUACGGGCCAGGUGGUAACGGCUACGGCAGCAAUGGAUUGGGAGGACUAGGUAGCGGUGCCAAUGGAGCAGCAGCAUCAUCAGCAGCCAGUGGCGCAGCUUCAGGACCAGGUGGAAACGGCUAUGGCAGCAAUGGAUUGGGAGGACUAGGUAAUGGUGCCAAUGGGGCAGCCGCUUCAUCAGCAGCCGCUGGUGCAGCUUCAGGUCCAGGUGGAAACGGCUAUGGCAGCAAUGGAUUGGGAGGACUAGGUAAUGGUGCCAAUGGGGCAGCCGCUUCGUCAGCAGCCGCUGGUGCAGCUUCAGGACCAGGUGGAAACGGCAUAGUACGAGAGAUCACAAUUUACGGGCCAGGUGGAAACGGCUACGGUAGCAAUGGAUUAGGAGGACAAAGUAGCGGUGCCAAUGCAGCAGCAUCAGCAGCCGCAGCCGGAGCUUCAGGUCCAGGUGGAAACGGCUAUGGCAGCAAUGGAUUGGGAGGACUAGGUAGCGGAGCCAAUGGAGCAGAGCAGCCGCUUCAUCAGCAGCCGCUGGUGCAGCUUCAGGAGCAAGCGGAAACGGCUACGGCAGCAAUGGAUUGGGAGGAC